AUGAGCGGUUCAGAGGGAUUAUGCGCCAUUGAGAGGAGCGAAGUACGGUGGAGAGGUGGAGUGAGCAAGCUGGAGGGGGUGCGGGAUGGCCUGGCUCCAUUGGCGGAGUGGCAGCAGCGGCUGCUGACAUGGCAUGCAGGGCAGGCGGGCAGCGGGAGAGACGCACUGGGGGAGCCGCGGGUGGGAGGCGAGGAGGAGUGCCAUGGGGAGGAGGGGAGUGAGAGUGAUGCAAGUGGCGGAGAUGGCAGCCGUGUGGGGGAUGUGGUGGAGCAAGCAGGUGCAGUGGGGGGGAACGGGAGGGAAAGCAAGGCGGAGGGGAGCGGGCGUGAGAGGGCGGGGGUGCAUGAAAGGAAGUCAAAGGAUGCUGGUGGAGGGGGUGGGGGAGGGGGAGGGGGAGGCGGAGGGUUGCACAUGGGGAGGGGCGGAGUUGCUUUCCACGGCAGACAGGCGGACUCUCACGCAGGAUGGGGUGGGGGCGACUCACAUUUAGGGUGGGGUGGGCCCGACUUACUUUCAGGGUCGGGUGGGGCGGACAAGGGGGACUCUUUGCUCGCUGACUUCCUCCCUGUUCUCGACCCGCUUCGCCUGCCAUCUCUCUUCCAAUCAGCUGCUGCCACCUCAGCCUCUUCGGAGACCUCCGCUCCACCGGGCUUGCAUGCCACGUCAGCAGCAGGGCAGGAGGACGUGGUGAGAGCUGGAGGGUUCCAGUUUUCAGCGCGCACAACUGAUGCGGACGCAGGCAGGGCAGGGGGAGGCGCAGAGGAGGGCAGAGCGGGGGAGAGCAGAGCUGGCGAGCAGCAAGGGGCGGGCCGGGGGAGACAGCUGAAGCAGCAUCGCAGCGAGCAGGUGGCGCAGGGCGGAGGGCGAGACAAGAGAGGCAAGGCAGCAGAGGGAGGGGGAGUUGGAGGUGGAGGGGGAGGGAGUGAGGCAGCACAGGGGGGCCCGAUCACGGAGGGCGGGAUGAGUCUGACAGAGCUGUCGUCCGCAGUGCUGUCGGGGUCGCUGCUGUCUGAAGCCCCUCUCGGCUCCCCCGUGCUCCUCCGCGUUGCCUUCUCCUCCGGCCCCAAGGCAGGCCUCCACGCCGUGCAGCAGCCACCGCAGCAGCAGCAGCAGCUUCAGAAGGGGGAGGCGGGAGCAGCAUCAGCAGCACCUGGGGGUGUGUCGUCGCCCUUCUUCCGCCUGUCAUCACAGGUGGACCUGUCACAGUCACGCGUGCAGCUGUUCGGUCCCAUGCCGCACUCGCGCCGCCGCACCUUCCCCCUUGCCGUCGCCCACGCCACUGAUGCUGCGGGCGGGGAGGUUCUCACUGUCAACUUCACAGUCAAGCUGCCCGGAGCGUACAGUGUGAUGGUGGUGGUGGCGGACACACAGGGCAACCGCCUCAAGUUCAAGGCGCCCAACUUCUUCCGCUCCGCCAUCCCCCUCCCCGCCGCCCUCCUCCCCGCCGCCUCCACGCCGCUCUCCCCCAUCAUGGCGGCCGCACCUGCAGCGGUGGCGGGGCAGCAGGCGCAGAUGGCGUUUGCUCUCGUCAGCUCGGACGGCACGCAGAUCCCUGCCACCGACGCUGAUGUGAUUGUUGCCAGUGUGACAAAAGUGAAUGCUGGUGUUGGUACCAGCAGCAGCAACAGCAGCAGCAGCGGUGACAGCGGCGGUGGUGGGGAGGGCAGUGAGUGGGGGGAGGGGCCAUCGGGGGUGGGAGUGGAGGUGGAUGGGGCCUCAGGGCUCAUCGUCCUGCGCUUCACCCCACCCUCUCACGGCGACAACUCCCCCACCCUCUCCCUCAUCCGCGCCCAGCAGACCAUCAAUCUCCAAAGCCCUUCACCCUCACCCACCUCCUCUUCCGCUUCCUCUGCUGCCUCGUCCGCGCCCUCCUCUCCCUCCUCCUCCUCCUCCUCCUCCUCCUCCUCCUCCUCCUCCUCCUCCUCCUCCUCCUCCUCCUCCUCCUCCUCCUCCUCCUCCUCCUCCUCCUCCUCCUCCUCCUCCUCCUCCUCCGUGCUCCUACAAGUAGCACCAGGCGAGCCCAGUGGGGACGCCUCAGGGCCGCUGCUGGUGGCGGCACAGGAGGUGGCGGUGGGGCAGACGGGGCGCCUCACAGUGUACGUGUGCGACGCCAUGGGCUCCGACCUGCCCGCCGAGCCCCUCCUCUCGCUCUUCUCCGCGUCCUUCUCAGUCGCCUCUAACUUCUCCCAGCAGCAGCUCACCUACCCCGCUACCCUCACCCUCUCUGCCGGUGCUCUCUCUCUCGGGGCGCAUGGAGCAGUGCCUAAGUUCCCAGCGUUUCUGCAGCUGCAGCUGUGGGAUGCGUGGGGCAACGUGCUGCUGGCAGGGGGCGCAGGGCAGGACGUGCAGGUGGGGGUGGUGCCCGCAGCACAAGGGGCGGCAGCAGCAGCGGCGCUGGUGGGUGCAAGGGGGAAUGGAGCGGUGCAGAGGGGUAUGCCAGCGGUGGCGGAGGGUACGGCGGUGAGUGUGGUGGACAGCGGCAACGGUUGCUACUCUAUCUCCUACCGGGUCACCAAGCCCGGUGCCUACGCUAUCCUUGUGACUGUAGGCGAUGUGCUCUUGCAGAACGUGACUGUAGCGGCGACCCCAGCAGUGGACGUCAGUGCAGGUAGCGCUGCCGCCCAGCCCACGUGUGUGGUAACCGCAUCGCCCGCCUCCGGCCCCAUGAAGCAGCUGCUCGCAUUCGCACCACCUCUCGUCCAAGCAGGCGCCGCCAUGUGGCUGCGCAUCGUCGCAGUAGAUUCACCAGGAAUGGCAGCUGUAUCAGACCCUGCUAUGCUCUCCGCCAAUCUCUCCCUCACUCUACUCUCCACACAGGGGCAAGUGGCUGACAUCACUGCCACGCCCGUCGUUCCCUCCUUUGGAGGGAAACUCAUCCCUGCGCUGUGGCAAGCGCAGGUGACUGUUCAGGUGGCCGGCAGCUUUGUCCUGAUCUGCACGGACUGCCUGGGGCGGGCGAGCAGCAUGGUGGUGAAGUCAGGCCGCUGCAGCUACUGCAGGGGGAUGCAGUACGCGAGUGGUUCUAUUGAGUAUUGGACGGGGUACUACUCAAGCCGGCCAGCCUUCAAGGGCUAUGCUCGCAUGUGUAGUAGCCUGCUGCAGGCAGCCAUGCUCCUAGAAGCAUCAGUGGGCAGGUCCAUUUUACAAGGGUGGGGUAACCAAACCUCCCGCCUCAUGGUGCCCGUGCAGCUCUCCACCAACCUCUCUGCCAUCCACGCCCCCUCGCCCCCGCUGUCCCGUCUCGCCUCGACGUUCCCUCUGGAGGAGGCAGUGGCAGUGGCACAGCACCACAAUGCCAUCACGGGCACGGCAAAGCAGCACGUGAAUGAUGAUUACACGCUGCAACUGUACAGAGGAGCACAAGAGGGAGAUUUGGAGGAGGAGGCAGUGGCAGUGGCACAGCACCUUGAUGCCAUCACGGGCACGGCAAAACAGCAUGUGAAUGAUGAUUACACGCUGCAGCUGUACAGAGGAGUGCGGGAGGUGAGAGGAAAGGAAGGAACGAGUGGAAGUAUGGGGGAACCGUGGGAAGUAUGGUGGAAUGAUGAUUACACGCUGCAGCUGUACAGGGGAGCAGGAAGUAGGACGCGCGAGGUAUGGGGCGUUGGGCAUGAUGAGCACACGCUGCGACCCUACAGGGGAGCACAGGAGUGCCCGCUACUCAACAUCUCCUACUGCCCACCCACGCACCACCCCAUCCCCCACGGCACCACACUGGUGUCAUCCCCUUCAGUCAUUGUAACUGACGACCAUGGCAAUGAUGUUCCCUCACAGGCCAUUCCCGAGGUCUCCUCCCCUGCAGUCAUUGUGACUGAUGACCAUGGUAACGUGGUCCCCUCACAGGCCAUUCCCGAGGUCCUGGUGCCGUGGGAAACUAGAAAGAGGUACAUCAGCGUACAGGUGGGUGAGGAGGCUGUGAAGGGGGGCGAGGAGGGGUUGGGGGGGGUUGAGGAGAAGGUGGAAGGGAGCAAGGAGGGGGUGAGAGGAGGCAAGGAGAAGCGAGGGAGGCACGUGUGCAGCCGGGAGGUGUGGCCGGGGAGUGGGGGAACGCAGAGGAGGAGGCGGGUGAAGGGGAGGAGGAAGGAGGACGGGGGGUUGAGGGUGGGGAGGGGAAGGAAGGAGGGGGGGGAGGGGGAGGGGGUGGAGAGAGAAAGUGUGGUCGAAGAGGAGGAGAGUGAAGGGGUUGGUGGUGGUGAUGUGAUUGUGUUGGGAGGAUGGCAUGGGGUGACUGCUGCCGAUGGUGCCCCUGCUGCUGGUGCUGCUGCUGCUAGUGAUGGGAAGCAUGGUACCGGCUCUGGGAGCACAGCAGCGAGGGGACUGACCGCACCGAGAGUGUUGCGAGUGCACUUCUCCAAGGCCAGAUACGGCAUGGCUCGCCUGCAGCUGAUUGGCUGCAGUGAGGAGGGAAACGAAUCAGUGCUUUCGGACGAGCAAGAGGGCACGGGCAUGGGUGUCUACAUUUCAAAACACGCAUCAGGGGCAUACAUCUUCAACCCCCCCCAUGCAGCCGUGUCUGCCCAGAACAUGAGCCAACAGGUGCCAAUCCGAGUGCUGCGAGGGCCGCUGGUGGAGGAGUUUCAUCGAUCACUGGCGCCGUGGCUAUCCGAGGAGUUUCACCGAACACUGGCGCCAUACCUGUCAGAGGUGGGCGGGUGGCAGAGGUGGGCGGGUGGCAGAGGUGGGCGGGUGGCUGAGGUGGGCGGGUGGCAGAGGUGGGCGGGUGGCAGAGGUGGGCGGGUGGCAGAGGUGGGCGGGUGGCAGAGGUGGGCGGGUGGCAGAGGUGGGUGGGUGACAGAGGUGGGUGGGUGGCAGAGGUGGGUGGAUAGCAGUGGUGAGUUAGUUGGUGCGCUAGUUGGAGAGCUCUCUGCUUCAUCUUCAACUCUUUCUUGCACGGAUUGA